AUGUCUCACAGCAGUGGACGUCUCUCACCUAAUUCCAAGCCGGGAGCGAAUGAUAGAUAUCCCUCCACCACCAUCUCCUCCAUUUCUACUGGGACAGCUUACACAGGCGACACCCGUGUCCCUUACAACGAUCGUAUUCGAUCUCUGCGUCGAUCACCAGAUGGGCACAGAGACGAGACCACGCCGGCCGGUGGCCUUGCUUCAGUACCACCAACGUCGGACCCGAGAGAGCCGAGACCUCCCGUCUCCCAUUCUCCUCCAGUGCUUUCCAUGCUAGCUAACUCUACUCAGGUCACAGAAACCGCGGAAAGCCUUCGCAACCUACGGCUGUCCAUGGCCGGGUUAGAGAGCCGCGGGGGGAACAACCACCUCUUCAAUCGUCGGGCACAUGUCGCGGAGGAGACCGCGGCCAAGAAGAAGUCUAUCGACACGACCGACGAGAGGCGGCGUAAGCAUAAUAGUCAGCCAACAGCCCCCUUGUCUCGAAAGAUUGCCGUGCCCAUAUCUGCUGAAAUGGCUGAGGGGUUAAUCGCUGUCCUUGACGAGCUGUCUGGGAGAAACUCGAAGAAGAGCGGUGGGAAAAAGAAGGACGACGGCAAGAAGAAGCAUGAUGGUAAGGACAAGAAGCAUCACAAGAAGGAUGACAAGAGGGAUGAUGACCACAAGCCCAGAAAAGACGGCCAGACGCAGACUUAA